AUGAGGACCACUGUAGUUCUGCUGGUGUUACUGGGCUGCUGUCUGACUGGGGCUCAGCUUCAGAAUGAACGAGGAGAGAUCACCCAACGAAACCUCCAACCCGACAUCUGGACCGAGCUGCAGAAGCUGGAAGACACGGUGGUGGACCAGAGAGUUCAGCUGGGAGUUUUGGAAGCCAGGCUGAAAGCCAGUGAGAGCCAGGUGGUCGAGCUGAAGACCGAUAAUAAAGCCCUGAGAGACACGGUGGUGGACCAGAGAGUUCAGCUAACAGCCGUGGAAGGCAGGCUGAAAGCCAGCGAGGACCAGGUGGUCGAGCUGAAGACAGGGAACGAUGCCCUGAGGGAGAUGGUUAUGGAUCAGAGAAUUGAACUGGGAGCCACAAAGACAGAGCUGGGAUCUGUGGAAGGCAGGCUGAAAUCCAUUGAGAGCCAGGUGCUUCAGCUUAAGACAGAGAAUGACGCCCUCAGAGAGAUGGUUACUGAGCAGAGAGGUGAACUGGGAGCCACAAAGACAGAACUGGGAACUGUGGAAGCCAGGCUGAAAACCAGUGAUAGCCAGCUGGAGGAGCUGAAGAGGGAGAAUAAAGACAGACCGAAGGUGGCGUUCUCGGCUGGGUUAACUGACGCUGGAACUGUAGGACCCUUCAACGCAGACACUACCCUGGUCUACGCUAAAGUCAUCACAAAUAUUGGCAAUUGCUACAACCCAGCUACAGGCAUCUUCACAGCAGCGGUGAGCGGAGUCUACUACUUCAGAUUCACUGCCCAUGGUUCGGGUUCCUCAAUCUACAUCGGUUCAGUCCUGUCUAAGAAUGGAAACCGUAUAGUCACUACAUAUAAUUACCAAGGAACUGGGGAUUCUUAUGAUGACUCAUCCAAUGCGGCUGUACUCCAGCUGGAGGUGGGAGAUCAGGUGUACGUGCAACUCCCAACAAACAACAGGGUCUAUGAUAAUACCAGCAAUCGAUGCACUUUCAGUGGCUUCCUGCUCUUCCCCAUGUGA